AGCAGCACAUUUGGCAACCCGAGUCUGAGGCGUGCUCCGUGUGGUGGUGCAGGGAGAAGUGUUUUGCUAACAGCUAAUAAAAAUGCCUCCAAAAGGAAAGGGUGGUAAGGGGGCAAAAGGAGGAGCCUCGGAUAGUGGAGACAGUGACAAGAAGGAGAAAGCUCAAAAAGGAGGCACUGCAGUAAAGGUACGUCAUAUCCUUUGUGAAAAACAUGGAAAAUGCAUGGAGGCUAUGGAGAAGCUGAAGUCUGGAAUGCGUUUUAGUGAAGUUGCAUCACAGUACAGUGAAGACAAAGCUAGACAUGGGGGUGACCUGGGCUGGAUGACCCGGGGGUCAAUGCUGGGGCCAUUCCAGGACGCUGCGUUUGCACUGCCUGUCAGCACAAUGGAUAAGCCUGUAUACACCGAUCCUCCAGUGAAGACAAAGUUCGGCUACCACAUCAUCAUGGUUGAAGGCAAAAAGUGACCCUUGGACCAGAGCAAAGAACACAUGACUCAUCCUGUGUUCUUUUUCACUUUUUUUUUAUUGUGUAAAUAUCAGUUAAUAAAACAUAAAACUGACAAAG